AUGAACGCGUUUGAAAGUAAAGAUCUAUUGGAGGUUUAUAGGACACAAGUUGAGAGAGGGAAGAUAAAAUGGGAUGAUGAACAAGUGAGAUGUGCCAUGCGACUCCGACACUUUUUCAACGAUGUCAAAGAAUAUUCACCCCCACUGGAACUCUUAGCUCGUCUUCCGGAUUUUCCACUUUCAACACGACAUAGAUGGACAGGUCCUUCUAUUGAUACUACAGAGCUUGGAGUGAUGGGAGAAAAGGAAAAGGCUUUGGUUAGGGUGUUAAGUGGGGAAGAAGAAUUGGAAGCUUUACAAACGCCAAAAGGUGUCCUUCUGACUGGACCUCCUGGAACGGGCAAAUCUUUCCUUCUUUCCCUCCUAUUCGACAUCCUACCCACUUCACACAAAAGACGAUGGCACUAUCACGCUUUCACCCUUUGGCUCUACUCUCAAGUGUUCGUCGAAAUGCAGAGAAGAAAACAUGGAAUUACUUUGUCGAUACAAAACCAACGGAUGGACGUCGCUGCGAGAAAAGGGUGGAAAGCAAUUUUUGCUGGAGGUAAAUACGACGAUUCUGGGAGGUCUAGGGAGAUCGAUGAAGAGACUAUCCCAUUUGCUAGUGACAUACAGCUCUCUGAUGAUAGCUUUGACGAGUUGCAACUUCUAGACGCAUCCUCAGCCGCGUUGCUCAGAGACGUUUUGUCUUGGUAUUGGCGUCUUGGUGGAAUUGUCAUUUCUUGUUCUAAUCGCCUUCCGGAAGAUUUAUACCACCACGGUGUGCAAAAAGAACGUAUGGCUGGAUUUCUCGGAGCUUUGAAAUCACGUUGUGAUGUCCUGGAGGUUGACGGUGGUCGAGAUUGGAGAACUCAAUCCGAUCAAAAUGGAACAUUUUGUCCGAGUUGGUAUCUUUCUUCCGACCAAGGUUUUGAUCAUGCCUGGAGCUCUGAGGGAGGUGUUAACGAUCAAGCUUGUCGGUUCACCUUUACUGAAUUAUGUGAAAGACCAUUAGGUCCUGCGGACUAUAUAACUCUAGCAUCUAGAUUUCGGAUAUUUUUCAUUGAUGAGGUACCGGUCUUACCAUUGAAGAUGAAGAAUGAAGCUAGGAGGUUUAUAAAUCUGAUUGAUGCUCUCUACGAAUCAAGAUGUCAAAUUCACAUUCGUGCUUCUUCACCCGUUCAUUCUCUUUUCUUCCCCGACGCCCUAUCCACACCAGAAGAUACAGAUUCUCUCACUGCUGAAUCUCUCUCUGAAACAUUACAAGCCCCCACUCGACCUAAUGUAUCAAUUUACAAUACUUUGAGUAACAGACAAAGAGAAGCAUUGGUUAAAGAAGCGGAAGAUCGUUCCAGUAGCUUUAGCGUCUUGAGUAUUUUCACUGGAGAGGAUGAAAGGUUCGCAUAUAAACGAGCAGUGUCGAGAUUGAUAGAAAUGACACAAAGUCCCAAUUAUCAACAAGAAGAUUGGAUACCCCUUUCUUCCGAAGUGAGAUCAUGGGAAAUUUCCUCUAACCCUACCAAAUAUACUCGAUUGUCCGACAAUAAUCUCUCCGAGGGAGUUACGGUAGACGAUGAUUUCGCUCAUGAGGCUUCACUGUCAGGACAGAACAUGAGAGAUGAUGGUAAAGCUCCUGUCAUAAGGGAACAACAUAUUUGGGGAGUUGCAGAUGGUUGGGGUACAAAAGCUGGUCAAUGGGGAAAAGGAACUUCGGCUUAUUUGAAAGACCCAAACAUAAAGUCAAAGUCGAAGUAG